AUGGGUCUCAAGCAAAUCGUCAAAACCGACAAGGCCCCAGCCGGGCUGAAGGGCAUCUUCAACCAAGCCAUCAUCGCCAACGGAAUGGUGUACUGUUCCGGCAGCGUGGCGAUGGAUCCCGAGACUGGCAAAAUCGUGGACGGAGAUGUCAAAGUGCAUACGCAUCGCGUCCUAAAGAACCUCUCCGCCGUUCUCGAAGCCGCGGGCACAAGCAUGGACAACGUGGUCAAAGUCAACGUCUUCCUCGCCGACAUGGGCGACUUCGCCGCCAUGAACGAAGUCUACACGCAGUAUUUCGGGGAGGUGAAGCCUUGCCGGACGUGCGUGGCUGUUAAGACGUUGCCUUUGAAUACUGAUGUGGAGAUUGAGGUGAGUUCCGAUGAUAUCGUGUAG